ACGAUGACUUUGCACGUGUAGUCGGAAUGUAUAAGAGUUUUGUUUAAUUUAUUUAUAAGUUUGCUCCAACCGCUUCGUUGGCCAGGCGGGUCCUGUAUAACAAUGGCUGCAGCAAUACCCAAAGGCGAGAAAAAAUCUAAAAGCCACAAUGACUGUCUUUCCUAUCUGCAGUCCCUGGGCGACGGCCUGCCCAAGGAGGUGGCCGACCAGCUCGCGGCCCAAAUUUUCGAGGAGGCCAACCAAUCGGAGUCACUUAGCAUUAAUCAGGCUGCGCUUAACGUCAGUUUCCGCGUCUAUUAUCACAUCGUCCACAAAUAUGAGCUCGAGGACGAGCAUUUCGCUAAUCUCCCCGAGCGUCUUUCGUAUGAUCAGCCGCAGGCGUUUCUCAUGCUGCAGGCAGUUCUGCUGACUAACCAUUGGUCGCGACUGGAUGCCCAGCUGAUUGAGGCCAAGUGCAUGGAUGCCAUCAUUGCGGCACUGCAGCAUAAUAACAGCAGUCUGGUGCAUAUAUUGAAGGCCACUAAUUUGCUGGUGAAGAAGUUUACGAAGCUACAGCUGCUGAGGCUGCAGCUGGAGCAUUUCUACCACUGCCUGCAGCGUCAGAGUCAGGUUGGCUCGCGGGAGGAAACGUUGACGCUGUUCAACCACUGCUGCAAACAGCAAAGGCGCGCCUUUGCCUACUUUCGCCUCAUCGUGGAGUUCUGGCCAUGGACGAAUCGCAACAAAUACUACCUACUGAGCGGCAUACUCAACUCCCAUGGGCUGCCACAGCUGCUGGCAGCAAGUGGACACAACGAGUCAGAGUUCUUUGCUGGCCUGCGUUUGAGUCUGAGCUACAAGGGACUGCGUGCGGCCAGCCAGUAUCCAGUGAAGAGCCUGAGCAGCCAGCGGUCGGCAGCUCUGCUCGAUCUAGCUGUGGAGCUGCUGGUCAAUGGCAACAUAGCGGAGAUUCAAAACUUUCACUCGCAGUGGUUUCUGCGCAUACAGCAACGAGAUGCUCUCUUUCAGCUGCUGCAGGGAAAGCCAGAGAUUGUGGAGUUUCUGGCCAGCUCGGAGUCGGCUCGGACGGCCAGCGAGCAGCAGCGUCUCAUACUCAUAUUCAGCAUGUUCGCCAAGGAGAUCUAUGUGGCAUCCAAGCUGCAUUUCUUCAAGAUCAGCACAGAAUUAUUGACCAAUUGCAGCGUCUUUGAGACGGAGGCGCAGUUGUUGAUCUUUAAGUUCCUGGUGGAGAAUCUCGCCAAUUUCGCUGUAGAGGAUUGCCUGGAUUUCUUCUACAGUUUCAUGAAGCGUCAUCGGGGCGUGGAGAGCUCCGAAUUCCGCAACACAAUGCUGGGCAAGAUGCCGAACAUUAUCAACCACACGGCCAAGCACUUCAGUAGGGCCUUAAGAGCGGAUGGAGGCGCUGGCAGCGAUGCACUGGCCAACGACAUUAAGCGCUUCUUCCGGCAGCUACAGGAGCUGCUGGAGCAGGACAUCCUCUCCGAUGUAUAUCAGCCCAAGAUAUUCGCCCUGAAAAUGCUCGAAAUCCUGCACAAAUCCCUAUACAGCACGCGCGUCAUCAAGAAUGCCAAGAUGUGCAGCACCCAGCAGAACCAGCAGCUGGGCGCCUUCCUGCUGGAUCAUGGCGUCUUUCAGCCCAAAUCCGUUGCACAGCUGCUGUUCAAGUCCCUUAACGAUCCGCAGGGCUUCGACGAUGCUCUGGAACUGACCGUUUCGCUUCUGCUCGAACUGGGCGAUGUGGACAGCGUGCAGUGUAACGAGCGUUGCCUGACGCUCUGCCUCAGCUCCGAUGUGGAUGAGUGCUCCCUGGUCUCGCUCUACGCGCAGCUGCUGGUUCGCAGCGGUGCUGAUCCACAGCUGACCCAUAGCCUCUACGACCAAUGUCUACAGCAAUUGACGCACAAAUUCGAUGCAUUCCAGUUAGAUCCGCUGAAGACCACAAAAACUGACGGCGGGCAUCUCUUUGGCCACAUCUGUGUUCUGGACGAGCUGGUCAGCGGUGGUCGGAAUAGUCUGGAAGCAGAUGUAGCAGAGCUCUUGCCACUGCUCGAGCGGAUUCUGAAUGUCAUUCUGAAGUUUCUUAAUUUGGGCAAUGCGAGGCAGGCGAAGACGGAGGCAUCAGCCGCCAGUUUCCAGGACAUGGACGAGAGCUUGCAGCUGCUGGUCAGUGAGAGCGCCUACGUGGUCGACGAGGAUGACGAGGCGUGUCGCAAGUAUUUGCUCAUGAGCUUCUGGCUGACAUUGAAGGCAAGCUGUGACUUGGCCACCAGCCUGGCUUGUGCGCUGCUUCGCUCUGCUCCGGCUGGCAUGCUCGACUGUGAGGCACUGCAGCGCUGCUUGGACAUCAAUGUGGCCGUGUUGACACGGUGCCGGCACAAGGGCGCCAUCGAGGCAGCUGGCCUGAGCAUUGGCAGGCUGACGCGCGCCAUUACCAGCACUGUUGCUAGCGGGGAUCGGGCAUUCGAGCUGCUGCACGAUUGUCUCGAGCGAGAGCUGCUCUCCGAGUGCCGCCAGGUGAGCACUACGCGACGCGGUGCCGGCUUCUCCAUAAUGUUCCUGCACGUGGUCAAAAACGAUGAUCCGCGCCAGCGCUCACUGCUGCAUCGGGCCGUGCAGCGCAUACUGGAGCGGCUCAAUGGCAGCUCCAGCGACGAAGCAGCCGGCAGCAGCAACCACGACCGCUGGGAGGCAUUGGCGCUGCAUUAUCUGUGCGUGCUGGUGCGGGACACGGAACUGCGGCCGGCCAUGUGCAAGUACUACAAUGAGAUCAUGCUGGUGGCCAUUGAACACAUCGACCACACCGAGUGGACCAUUUCAAACGCUGCGCUGCAGCUCUUCGGGGCGUCACUUGGCAAACUGCUGGGCCAGCGGCAGGCGACAGAGUUCGACACGAAGCUGGAAUGGGAGCCUAGCGAAAUGAACUACGAGGAGCUGGCUUGCCAGCUGCCCAAGGCCUGCGAGCACAUGCUGAGCUGCUGCAGUGGCACUAAGGCCACAUCCUCCAUUAUACUGUUCCUGGGCUUUCUGUCCAAGGUGGAGCAUCUGUGCACCACUGGCCAGCCGCAGCAGUCCACGCAGUUGCUGCAGCGCUUCCGGCGGCUCAGCUGGCGUUUGCUGCGCCACAGGUGCGAACAGGUGCGUCAACUGGCGGCCACAUGCUUUGUGCGCGCCCACGAGUUCCGUUGCGAUCUUCCGGCCGUGCUCUUGGCCAGUGCCAAGAAAGCGUCGCAGCUCAAGGACGACAACUUCUACGAGGCUUUGCUGUUCACCAUGCAAGCGGGCGUGCUCAAGCUGCAGCACGAGGCGCGUCAUGUCUGGACGGCGGAAAGGAUGCAGCGCUACCAGCUACAGCUGCUGACGGCGCUAGCAGUGGACGAGCAAGUGGCUCGCUUCAAGGCGUACACAUUGAAUGUGCUGCUCCAGUUGCUGACUCUGCUGAAGGCCACGGAGCAGAUGGCGAUUGUGCGCCAGCUGCUGGACGCGCGCGGCAGGCACGCCCUAAGCUAAGUAUAUAUAGGCAAUUCGCGUAUCUAAUUGUAGCAUUUAUCUAAUCUUUAAGCUUAAGCCAAAAAGUCAAUGUUAGCCUCUAUAUAUCGCACGCUUUUACAACUAAAUGACGCAUUUACUAA